AGUUUUGCUGCAUUUUUUCUAGAGAGAGGGGGGAGAGAGAGAGAGAGAAUUCAUGUUAAUGGAGAUGAAUCUCACACAUACGCAAUGAUUGGAAGAGAGAAACCCUAAAAUCCGGAAUUUUUUUUUCUCGAUGCUGAGUCGAUUUUGAUAUCCUUUUUGCUGAAUUUCUGUAUCCGAUCGGAGGGAAAGGGGGAGAGGUGAAAAUUUUGGAAUAAAAUAAAAAGUAAAAAUGCCUGCGCACGCGGAUCUGGAUCGGCAGAUCGAGCAGCUUAUGGAAUGCAAGCCGCUGACGGAAUCGGAGGUGAAAACGCUGUGUGAACAGGCGAGGGCGAUUCUAGUGGAAGAGUGGAAUGUACAGCCGGUAAAAUGUCCGGUCACAGUAUGCGGAGAUAUUCAUGGCCAGUUCUAUGAUCUGAUCGAGCUUUUUAGGAUAGGCGGCAACGCUCCUGACACUAAUUACCUUUUCAUGGGAGAUUAUGUUGAUCGUGGUUAUUAUUCAGUUGAGACAGUAACACUUUUGGUUGCUCUAAAAGUCCGCUAUAGAGAUAGAAUUACAAUUCUUAGAGGAAAUCAUGAAAGCCGGCAAAUCACCCAAGUGUAUGGUUUCUAUGAUGAAUGCUUGAGAAAGUACGGAAAUGCAAAUGUUUGGAAGUAUUUCACUGAUCUGUUUGACUAUUUGCCCCUAACAGCACUCAUCGAGAGUCAGGUAUUCUGUUUACAUGGUGGACUUUCACCAUCCUUGGAUACGCUUGACAAUAUCCGAGCUCUGGAUCGUAUACAAGAGGUUCCCCAUGAAGGGCCAAUGUGUGACCUGUUAUGGUCUGAUCCGGAUGAUCGAUGUGGUUGGGGGAUUUCUCCUCGAGGGGCUGGUUACACCUUCGGACAGGAUAUAGCUGCUCAGUUCAACCACACCAAUGGCCUCACUCUGAUUUCAAGAGCUCAUCAGCUUGUGAUGGAGGGUUACAACUGGUGCCAGGAGAAGAAUGUGGUGACUGUAUUUAGUGCACCAAACUAUUGUUACCGGUGUGGUAACAUGGCAGCCAUACUAGAAAUCGGGGAGAACAUGGAACAAAAUUUUCUCCAAUUUGACCCUGCCCCUCGACAGAUUGAGCCUGACACUACGAGGAAGACUCCCGAUUAUUUUUUGUGAUCGCGAUGCUUGUGAUCCUGGUGUGUAGUCCAAUCAUCACUGUUUAUGCCAUUGUAGAUUUGUACUUUCUUUUGAGUACUACUAUUAAUUCAUACUAGCCAAUGCAGCCUACUUCACGUGUGGGCAAUUUUUUUGAUCUUUUGUGCAAAAUUUGGGUGAAGGGACAAAGUAUUUUGUAUUUUUGUAUGAAUCAUAUAGCCUUUUUUUUUUUUUUU